CACCUGGUCUAGUGUCUUCUGAGACGCUUCAACCAGGCUUGCUGUCUUUUGCAGUUCGUCGAAGUGGACUGAGGGUACUGACUGGCUCUGUGGGGACGACUUGGCUUGUGGGUUGCUUCUUUGUGGGACGGGGAACGAAACAUUCUCUGAGAUCUUAAGCGAAAAGAAGAAUGGAUUUUCCAGAAGACAGCAAACCAGACCGGAAAAUUCCUGACAAAUCUGGGAAACGAAGACGACAGAAGCAAGAGAGCAGCGCCUUUGGACAUGGAAGCGACCGCCCUGACCUUGAAUCUUCGUCAGAGGGACGGAACGUCGCUACUGUAGAGACUACACAGGAUCGGGAAAUAUUCGGCAAGAUUCGGCGACGAAGACAACAGAAGCAAGAGAGCAGCGCCUUUGGAAAUGGAAACGACCGCCCUGACCUUGAAUCUUCGUCAGAGCGACGUCCCAUCGCUGCUGUAGAGAAUACACCGGAUCGGGAAAUGUUCGGCAAGAUUCGGCGACGAACACAACAGAAGCAAGAGAGCAGCGCCUUUGGAAAUGGAAACGACCGCCCUGACCUUGAAUCUUCGUCAGAGGGACGGAACGUCGCUACUGUAGAGACUACACAGGAUCGGGAAAUAUUCGGCAAGAUUCGGCGACGAAGACAACAGAAGCAAGAGAGCAGCGCCUUUGGAAAUGGAAACGACCGCCCUGACCUUGAAUCUUCGUCAGAGCGACGUCCCGUCGCUGCUGUAGAGACUACACAGGAUCGGGAAAUGUUCGGCAAGAUUCGGCGACGAAGACAACAGAAGCAAGAGAGCAGCGCCUUUGGAAAUGGAAACGACCGCCCUGACCUUGAAUCUUCGUCAGAGCGACGUCCCGUCGCUGCUGUAGAGACUACACAGGAUCGGGAAAUGUUCGGCAAGUCCGGGCAACACAGUCAACAUUUGCAGGGGAGCUGCGCCACUGAGCAUCAAGCCGACCCCCCUGAAGUUACGCCCCCAGUAAGGGAACAUGCUGUCGCUACUGCAGAGUCAAAUCCAGUUCAGGUUUUUCAAGAACCUGUUCGUCCAGGUGUUCAAGAACAGCAACCUCCACACGGACUUCCAUUUGCUCAUACUUCGACCAGAAAUGCUGAGUACCAGUAUUCUUAUCAACAUCUGAAUCAGUACCUUCAAUGUGGGGGUGUCAUGUAUCCGUGGCCUAGUAUGUAUCCACCUGGGGGAGGUAUUUAUGCACAUCCACUACAAGGUGACCAAUCUGUUUUCCAGUAUCAAAAUUACCCGUACCCUUUAACUAAUUUUUUUCCGUUUCCGGUUGCUAACCCGUACUACGGUAGUGCACCUCAUUUUCAAAGGCAGGUUACACCGCCCUUCGUAGUUCCGCUGAUGCCGCUACAGCCCCAGGGGGAGCGAAGGGCUGGACCUUCACACCUUGGACGGCGUCUUCAGCCUCAAGAAUUGCCGAUUAUGAAUGUUGAUAGACAACGAAAUGAGAGCCGAGCACAGCGGGGUACUCAUGGAGGUCUUCAGUAUCAAAGACAUGAAGAUCGUCGGCAAACAUUCUCGAGUGAAGUAUGUAAAGAGUAUCAUUUUCCGAAGAAAGACUUUCCAGGUGCAAAGGAAGAAUUGCAAGAUGAUAAUUCAGAGAGGAAAGUCGAUGAAGCCCACGGAAGUCAGCGGCGUGCAAAUGUCCAAGAUAGAAAUAAUGAAGGGAUGGUUGGUGAGUGGCUGUCGAAACAUUUCCUCGAGAGUGAGGAACUUUCAGAAGGUGUACACGAAGCGGAAGAUCGGAGUGCAGAAACUGAAGGAGCACACGGAGUGAAAGGUAAACGUGAAGAUAUUAAAGGAAGAACACGCGACGUGGAAGGUGAUCGUGGCGAACCGACAGGAAGUACUCAUAAAGGGGCGCGAAGGAAAAUUUACGUUUCUGGUGAUGUCUCUCAAGCAACUGGACAGCUUCACUCCAAACUGGGAAUUCGAGUAGCAAAUAAAGCUGGACAAGGACAUUCGGUUUCAGAGAGCCAGUUACCUCAUUGUUCGAAACAGAAUCCAGACGUCGAUUGUGCUCAAGGACCUUGGGAAACUGGAGAGGAGCAGAAGACGGAAGGUGUUUUAUCACCGACGAAAGGCAAAUUUGUUUUAGAUUCUACGCCAGAGUCGGAGGGCGGAAGUUUUAGAGGCAUCAAGCGAGACCUUAACAUACAGGAGGUCCAAGUUCCUGGACAAACUCCACAGAGACUAAAAAGUGGAAGAAAGACCCGACGUGAACAGCAGGAAGAAGACGAUGAGUGUGCAGAGGUACUGAAACUCUCGGAAGAGUUUCCUGACAAUCGAGUGAUGUGUCCAUUUCGGAGGCUGCCCUUGAAGCCCUGCGAUUGGAUAGGGGAUAUGAGGGGAAGGAGGAGACAUGUCAUGUUCCAGCACUAUGACGAUGUGGUGCAUGGCAAUAAAGUAACAUUGACACCCGACAGUGCUCGCCUAUUGAUUGCAUAUGACGAAAUGUUUCUGUGUUUCACGUACACGAACCCGGUAACGAGAAGGUUGUACUGUGUUACUCUGCACGUUUGCAAGGGGUACAGUUGCAGCGAGCUGUACCAAUACAGAUGCGAACUGCUUUCCAGGAGCAGGGACGAGAAGAUCGUAGACACUCGGUUGGUGUCACCUUUGAGCAAACCGUUUUAUGCUCUUAUGACGUCCGGUAGAUGCGUUAGGUUCGACGAAAAAGUGUUAAGGUGUUUUAUGGGUGACAAAAUAAUCAUAUCUUUCACAAUUAUACGUCGUGAAAAAUUUCAGUUAUAGAUGGAAAUAUUAUGCGAACAAGGAUACACGAACAUGUCCAGAACACAGUAUUACGAGACACAAAUUCAUCCCAACACUCUUCUUACAAUUAAUAAAUUUUAUGUAGGUGGGCGCAGACAAGUUUAUGAACAACAAAUUAAUCAUGUUAAAGCCUGAAAAUUGUGAAAUUUCUACUCCAGGUAAUUUCACAAGUAUGGCAGAAACUAACUUGAAAAUGACUGUGACAGAAUUAAGUGAAAGGAAAGAAUUAGAUUUGAUUUUAAUAACUAGACUAACAGCGUUACUUUUGUCUUAGAUUACAACUCAGAAUAAUUAUCCACGAAGAACUUUUGGUUUUGUUGAUUCGUACAAGAUGUAAAAUGUUAGCUGCUUUAUAUUAAGUUGAAUUUCUAUUAAUUUCUCAAAUUUAUAAAUGUAGCAAACGAAAACAAAGUACAUGAUCGUUAUAAGACAGAGUACGAUAUAUUAUCGUACACAUAUAGUCCUUUAUAUGCGAACGAAAUCAAAUACAACAUACUUUCCAGUUGUGGACAGAACAACAAAGACUGUGCCCCCCAGAGAUGAAGUAGUAGUGGAUUGCCAUUUGAUUACUUUUUUAAAUUUAAACGAUUAAGGUGUCAAUUUUAACAAAUGCUUCUUAUGGAAAAUGUUUGUGUCCCGCAAUAACUGUGAGUGACCUUUUUAUAAUUCAUAUAUUUAAUGUAAUUUACUCAAUUGCUUUAGGAUUCUUUUAUUUCUACCAAUUUUUUUAAAACGAUUUUAAUUGUAACAUCAUUGAAGGCAAGCAAGUACUGAAACAACUAUUAUAUUUACAUGUCUUUUGUAUGUCGAUAUAUGAGGAACCACUGCUUUACCAGUGUUCCUCAUUGUGUGAAAAUAUAUCAGAAUAUGCUCAUUAUCA